AUGGAGGUGGCUGUGGGGCACGUCCGUCAUGUGCCGUGCACGGUACCCGACGAUCCUGCGAGCCGUAUGAGAGCUAUUCGGGAAAUCGUUGCUCGGCACUGUGCGCUUUUCAUGCAAAAGGGUGGCGAUGUAGGCCGAUCUCAAUGUGCUUCAAAUCUGGGCAAUAAUAUUACGAGCGGCACGUCAAAUGGAUUCGAUGCAGAUCGUUUGCAGGUGGUGGCCUUUUCUGGCGGAAUAACGAAUGAGAUGUACCAUGUAUACUGCGAAGGAUGGGAGGCCCAUUCUGUUGUGAUGCGUAUCUUUGGAAAGGAGACAGAGCGCGUCAUAUCCCGUGGGGAUGAGCUUUUCUACCAGUCAUUAUUUAUUCCGACUUAUGUUCGCGGCCAGAACUUUUUAGUUUACCAGUACCUUUAUCAGUACGAGCCCCUUCCGUUCGUGGAGAUGGUAAAAGAGUACGAAAAGAUAGCGCGUGGGAUUGCCUUCUUCCACGUCCGGGCGACACUUGAGGCAAGAAGUGAUUAUAGUGUCACCCCCGUCGGUGGGGUGGUCGGCGCGGGUGGCGCAACCGUAGGCCCAACGAAUACCUGUUCGCGCUUCGAUUUGGAGGAAAAUUAUAUUGUCCAUUCCCUCACCGAGUGGGUGGAGCAGGCCCUUUCGGAGACUGUGCAGGAGAAGGUGGACGCCACAAAACGGGCGACUUAUGCAUCUGUAGCGCAACAGCUGAAGGAGGAGGCCCAGUGGCUGCUGCCAUUGAUGCAGAGGCACUCACCUGAGUUGGGCGAGAGUACGUGCCACAAUGACCUGCUCAGCGGCAAUAUCAUGAGGCAGAAAAGUGAUGGCGCACUGAAGAUUAUUGACUUCGAGUAUGCAAAACGUAAUUACUUUCUGUUUGAUAUAGCCAAUCACUUCAACGAGUACACGGGGCUCGAGUGUGACUACGCCACAUAUUUCCCCUCUGAGGAGCACAUGAAAAAGUUUGUGACCACUUAUAUGUGUGCUAUGCGGGAGGAGCUCGAAAAACAUGCUGAGGAGGCGAAGCGUCGGCAACUAACGGAUAUUAUACCGGGACAGCAGCAUUUCUUCAUGUGCGAUGUGGGAGGUGUUGAGGGGGAUAAGCGGAUCCAUCGCAUGGUUCAGCUUGUCAAACUCCUUACCCUCGCUUCUCACCUAAGUUGGAGUGUUUGGGCCUUACUUCAGGAGGCGGUGUCGAAGACGGACAUGGACUUCCUGCGGUACUCGCAGCUCCGACUGUCGCGGUACCUGGAGACGAGGAAGGAGUUUAGUGCAUCUUCAUAA